AUGAGUGACAACGAGCAUGACGACAGGAGAGACGACAGGCCCGACGAUAAAGACAAACAGUGUAUAGCAUGCGGAUGGCCUCUGGUCUCCUAUUGCUACAAUAGCCAUGUGAGGCUCAUAUACAGCGGCGAUGAUCGUGGGGUGUGGAAGAUCGGGACCGAUAUGGUGCUGAAAGAACGCGGGCCCGAAGAAGGACUUCGGUCCGAGAGGGAAAUCGCGAAGCUUCUGGUCCAAUGUCCCGAGAUCCCUGCUCCCAAGCUCCUGCAUGACUGGGUCGACAGAAGGGGGAGAUACUUCAUCCUAGAAGAACAGGUACAGGGAGAACCCCUCCAUAAGGUUUGGUCUAAGCUGUCAGCUGGCCAAAAGACAGCGAUCGCAGACCAAGUGGUCCAAGCCUGCCAGAAGCUUCGCACCUUCACUUCCCAGUCAAUUGAGUCGGUGAAUGGAGGGCCUUGCUACCCGCCCUUCAUCCAUGGCUCCAGAAGCAGGACUCAGGGCCCGUUUCAUUCCGACCUAGAUUUCCAAACGGCAGUUAGCGGUGGUUUUCGGGGUCCACUGAACAGAGGACCCCCGAGGGAAGCCGUGGAAAGACUGAUGGAGCGAAUGCCCGCCUCAAAACCAUACGUCUUGUCACACAGUGACCUCCAUCAGGCCAACAUCAUAGUCAAGAACGGGAGCCUCUCGGGGAUCAUCGAUUGGGAGUACGCUGGUUAUUACCCAAUCUGGUAUGAGUAUAUUCGAGCCGCUCGUGGAGGUUUCAACAAGGAUGAUCGGGAUUGGAAAGCCCUACUACGAGAGCGAUUUGAGGCACACGGCGAGGGACAUCCUAAUGCGUUGCAAUGGUGGGAUGACUACCUCGCGUUGAAAGAAUACCCAAUACUAGGUCCUUGGGGCCGAGAGCUGUUGUAUCAACUAUUAGCUCCAAGUGCUUAUCGUUCUGUUCGGUCCGUUCGUUCUAAAUCAUUGUGA